CUAGUAAGAGACUACCAAGUUAACAUCGAAGAUUCGUGUAGAGAACAGUCUAGCUUUGCAGCUAAUCUCUAAAUCUCUCUACAUGUCUGCUAAUUAAGUCUUUUCGUUAUUGAUUCUAAUUUAUUUAUAAUUCCGUAAGGACGUAAGCAACGUUGGUUGUUUUGUUUGAUUAACUUGGCAGUACUGUGUGACAUAUUGAAAGAUUAUGUUUUGUUUAUAUCACUAGUUCCCUACAUGCUUGUAGGGAAGGUUGUGGUAGUAUAAUUUUUUGUUUGUAAAUUUGUGGUUAGUGUUGGAAUCUCCUAAAAUGUCAUCUGAUAACAGUGGUGCGGGUGAAAAUGUUGAUAGAAAUGCAGCACGCGAAUCUCUUCCACCAGCUAUAGAAUAUCCAGGACCGAAUAACAUCACAGUUUCACCAAAUCAGCCCAGACAACCAACAACAUUGCAGGACCUUCUAAGAUUUAGUGUCGAGGCGGCAGGUGGACAAAUGACGCAGAAUAAUGCUGUUGCGAUAGACGAAGAGAGACGAAAAUUUUUGGAAGCAGCUCUGAAGAGUCUGACAUUUGAUGUGAUAGAAGAGUUGUUAAAGGCAAUAAACAUCCUGAAAAAUGCUGGUACACUGGAGCUGGAGGACGAUCCCUCCGCAUGUGAAGCAGCAUUGGAUACUAUUACACAACAUGUUGAUAACAUGGACACUGCAAAUGAUUUCCACAAAAUUGGAGGCUUUUGUAUUUUCCAUCCAUGCCUGGACUCGGCACACAGCAGCUUACGUUGGCGUGCUGCAGAAAUCAUUGCCGAACUGACGCAGAAUAACCCUUACUGCCAGCAACGCAUUCUGGAGGCUAAUUUAUUGCAGCCUUUGCUGAACCUCGUAGAUAAUGAUCCAGCCAGCCAGGUCCGCGUUAAGGCCCUCUAUGCUAUUUCUUGUCUUGUGCGUGAGAAUAAAAAUGCUCUUCAGGAGUUUAUUAAACAUGCGGGAUACUCAGUCCUCCUCCGUGCUAUGCAGAGCAAUGUUGAGAAGUUGCAGGUGAAAUCUGCAUUCCUAUUGUCGAGUCUCUGUUCAAGCACAGAAAUAAAAGAUGAGCUUUGUAAGAUGGGAUUUAUAGAACAGCUCAUAGGACUGGUUGGACCAGAGGGCAGCCCAGCUGUUGAACAUCUGCUAUCAGCAGUUGUUGCACUUGUGUCAGAUCACGAAUUAUCUCAGCAAGAGUGUCGGAGGCCAGAACUGCACCUUCGCGAUAAACUGUUCCAGCUUAUGCAAAAUGUGUCUGGCAAGGAGGAAUUCAGAGAAAUACAUGAGUAUGCCCAGUACUUGUUGAGGAUUGUCUUUAGUGGUGAUGAAGAAGAACGUUAGUGAAGUUUACUACUUAUAAUUUCACCGUUUGAGAACCACACUCAUGAGGGAAGGCCGCAGAAAUGUGUAGAGUCUACAGGCACAACUCCUGCAAUAAUCAGUCUCAGCAAAUGAAAGUUGUGUCAUUAGAUUUUAUCAUUGUUAUUAUAAUGAAGUAUUUAAUUUAAAAUGUGAAUGAUAUUUAAAAACUGUUUCAUAGAUUAAAUUAAAAAUAGUGCUUUUUGUA